AUGCCAGUAAAAAGCGAAAUACUAACCGCUGCUGCUGCUGCUACCGCCGCCGCCGCCGCCGCCGCCGCCGUCGUUGCCGCCACCACCACCGCCACCACCACUGCACUGUGUCGCAAUUUUCCUACAGAAAUUCUAACAGCAAGUCGGAGGCAAAUCCGAACGAGAGUGCGAUCCGUGAAUCGCUGGGUUGAAAAGCAACGGGGGAAACGAACGAGCGACGGUGAACAACGGUGGGCACAGAACGGAGAAGAAAAGUCCUCGGUGGUGGCGAAGUGGCAGCGUGCACGCAUCGUUCCCAGGAAGGCUGAGGAGGCCACGGCUUGUCGAAGAAGCUAAUUAUAAAGAAGAUCGCAAGAAUACUCACUUUAUGUGUUUAAGAAUACUCGGAUGGAAUGUCGAAAUAGUAAAAAACAAAGACGAACAAUGGUAUGUAUGGAAAAGUUGGAAUGGAAACCCAAAAGAGGUCCGAUUAUUAAGUUUGGUGCAGACGUCCGUACCUCAGAAUGAAGCGGAACUUCAGCUGUACAGGGUGAUGCAACGUGCCUCUCUGUUGAGCUAUUACGAUACACUUCUGGAAAUGGGCGGUGACGACGUGCAACAAUUAUGCGACGCCGGAGAAGAAGAAUUUCUGGAAAUUAUGGCGCUCGUUGGUAUGGCAAGCAAACCCCUCCACGUCAGACGACUUCAGAAAGCUCUGCAAGAGUGGCUGACAAAUCCUUCGCUCUUCCAAACGCCAGUGGUGCCGACAACAGCCGCGUGCAAAGCUCCUACUGGCAUAGGAUUCCCCUGCGUGAGUCCUAGGCCGCAAGUGCAGAAUCUUCAAGGUUUCACGACGACCACGCAAACACCAACUCCUACGCCCUACGUUUCAUCGCACGUGUCCCUAACACCGUUACCAUGUAGAAGUACCAGCCCUAUUGUGUCUGUUACAAGUGUAACAGCACCGGUGGCCUCGACGACGUUUCGGCAAAGUCCAAGCCCCAAUACACCUCUGCCUUACGCUACUUCCCACAGUCCUGGCGUAUUACAGGUAGGAACAUGCGAGUCGUCUUGUGGAAGCGGUACAACGCCAAGUCCUAGUGGCGGUGGUGGUGCACCUGCGAGUCCAACGCAACCCACGCCAACCCUGUUGCAAUCUCAGAUACAAAGACUUGCAGAGGCGGCUGAGAGACUUGCAGCUACUAUUCGACCCGUGGACCCAAAACCUCAUAAUGUUAAGAAAAAGAUUUGCAAAAAUUUAGAAAUGGUGAUGGCUAUGCCUGAUAGCGAUCCACGUAGAAUGGAGGAAAUUCGAAAGUACGCAGCAAUUUAUGGAAGAUUUGACUGUAAGAGGAAACCAGAGAAACCACUGACACUGCACGAGGUGUCAGUGAACGAGGCUGCUGCACAAAUUUGCAGGUUCGUACCUGCCCUACUUACUAGAAGAGAUGAACUUUUUCCUUUGGCCCGGCGUGUUGUGAGAGAUUCUGGGUAUCAUUAUUCAAAAAAUCAUUAUUUGUCUGUGUCGAGAGCACGUGAAAACGGCGAAGAAAACGAAUCCGAGCGUACAAAACGGCAAAAGCUCGAGCUUGAGGGUGAGAACGAAGAUGCGACGCAGUCCAGUUUGGAGGAAGAAGAAUAACAAUGGUAUGUUCAGUGCGAGUAUCGAGGAGAUCAGCGACUCUGAUAGUCAACUCUCAUUCUCGAACGAGGAGUCUUCAUCGAUACACGUAAUAGCUUCGCGGGGCGACAACAUAAUCGCUGUGGCAAAUCCUGCAUUAAUGGAGUGUAAUCAUCCCAUAAAGGAGGAACCAACGGAUGAGAAACCAACGCUGUGA